AUGGGCCAGACACUCUCUGAGCCCGUCGUCGAAAAGACAUCAGCACAUGGCGGGGAUGAACGGCUAGUCUACGGCGUGUCGGCCAUGCAGGGCUGGCGCAUAAGCAUGGAGGAUGCGCACACGGCGGUACUCGAUCUGCUUGCCAACAACCCCAAGGCGGCCAAGGAACACCGCUCGAAACUCUCCUUUUUCGGCGUCUUUGACGGCCACGGCGGCGACAAGGUUGCGCUGUUUGCCGGCGAGAACAUCCAUAAUAUCGUGACUAAGCAGGACACAUUCAAGGCGGGCAACUACGAGCAGGCUCUUAAGGACGGCUUUUUGGCUACCGAUAGAGCCAUAUUGAACGAUCCUAAAUACGAGGAGGAAGUAUCGGGCUGUACGGCUUGCGUGGGCUUGAUUACCGAGGACAAAAUUUACAUUGCAAAUGCUGGCGACUCGAGAGGCGUGCUGGGGGUCAAGGGCCGAGCUAAACCCUUGUCAUUUGACCACAAACCGCAAAAUGAAGGCGAAAAGGCGCGGAUUACGGCUGCAGGCGGCUUCGUCGACUUUGGCCGCGUCAACGGAAACCUGGCCCUCUCAAGAGCUAUAGGAGACUUUGAAUUUAAGAAGAGCGCCGAGCUCUCGCCGGAGCAACAGAUUGUGACGGCGUAUCCCGACGUCGUGGUGCACGAUCUGGCCGACGACGACGAAUUUCUGGUCCUCGCCUGUGAUGGCAUCUGGGACUGCCAAUCCUCGCAGGCCGUGAUCGAGUUUGUCAGGCGAGGGAUUGCUGCCAAGCAAGAUUUGGACAAGAUCUGCGAGAACAUGAUGGACAACUGCCUGGCGUCCAACUCGGAGACGGGUGGCGUGGGCUGUGAUAACAUGACCAUGAUCAUCGUUGGCUUCCUCAGGGGCCGGAGUAAAGAGGAGUGGUACGAGGAGAUAGCCAGGCGGGUUGCCAAUGGAGAUGGCCCUUGUGCUCCUCCCGAAUAUGCUGAAUUCCGCGGACCCGGCGUACACCACAACUUUGACGACAGCGACAGCGGCUAUGACAUGGAAGACCACCAGAAACAGUCGUCGUCAGGUGGUGGCGGCGGCAGGAGCUUUGGCAUUGGCGGCUACCGGGGCCGCAUUAUCUUUCUGGGAGACGGCACCGAGGUGCUGACCGACUCGGACGACACGGAAAUGUUUGACAAUGCCGAGGAGGAUAAGGACCUCGCUAGCCAGGUCCAGGUUUCGAGAGCCUCGGUCGAUGGCGGUGCGGAUGCCCAGGAGGAAGGAAAGGGCAAGGGGGCAGGGGAUGUGGAUGCUGCUGGUAGCGGUGUUGCUGGUGCUGCGGGGGUGAAGAAGGAUGCGUGA